AUGAAGUCUACCUCCAUGAAGAGCUCCAUCUUUGUUGAUGCCGAUUCUGAGAAUAUCAACCCCGCUCGCUUCUCCUCAAAACGUAAGCGAACCGUUGAGGAUGACGAAGAUCAAAGUGUGUCCAAGCCCAUCAAAACAUCCCGCAUGGCUCUUUCCACCCGCAUCAACAUCUCCCCUCGUCUCUUGACCCCCUCGAAGAUCUCCUCGAUUACAACUCCCAAAUCAGCGCCCAUCCUCAAGCCCGCUGGUCGCUCCCCAUCACCCAAGUCGAGCAAGUCAGCCACUCGUCGUUCGCUUAUCGCCAAGCCCCGUUCAGAGCACCACAGUAAGCGCGGCGUUGCUCGUCCCUUCUCUCUUGCCUCUGUCCUCGCCCAUUCUACAACUCCCAAGCCUGCGCCUGCGCCCAAGGCCCCAGCGUCAUGGUGCUUUGAGAUUCACGAAGACACCGAGCAGGAGGAAAUGACCAACCUGAUGCAACACUCUACUACUGUCCUAGACAUCAGUGAUGAUGAGGGAAAGUCUGACCCACGCACCCGUGGAAAGGAGAACAUUCCCCCUCAUGAGCUGGGCGUUGAAGUCCCCCGGACUCGCCAGUCCGCUGCAACUAUUCCUGCCGCUCGCAAGUUGCCGAAGAUUGAUGAGCCCCGUGCUCCGUUGGGUGAGCUCAACGCUGCUGAAUACUAUGCCGAGGACUGCAAUGCGUUCUCGUAUACCGUCGUAUAUGAUAAAGAAGAGCACGCGCCCGAGUUUAAGAAGCCUUCUUCGCCCUUGUCACAAAGCCAGGAAGCCCAUGUAGCUACUCCCAUCGACUCAAUUUCGGAUGUUGUUGCCCUUGGGGCUGCUGAAACCCAGCACCAAAAUCACAAGGACUCAGUUGACAACACUAAAUCUGCUCUUUGA